GGCCCUUGCCCUCCCGCGCUAAGCUCCACCCCUCCCUGGAACUAAGCUCCGCCCCCCGGCUCCGCAGCCACCCGGCCGACCCAGGGUCCGAGCUAGGCCCGGGUCCUAAGCCCCGCCCCGCGCAGGCUCCGCAGGCCCCGCUGCGUCUCGCCGCGUCCCGAAGCCCCGCCCCCAGCUCUGGAAGCCGCGCCCCCCGGCCCGACUCCGGCGUGCGCAGGCUCCCUGACCCCACGACCAGCCUGUGCCUGGCUCCGGAAGCCGUCCUUCCGCGCAGGCGCACUAAGCCUGCAGCGGGCCCGCCCUUCCUGGAGUCCCAGGCCUGUUCGUGCUGGGUCCCCUCGGGCGGGGCUGCCAUGGUGCUGCCGCUGCCGCUGUCGGCGCCGCUGUGCACACUGCCGCCCGGCCCCGGGCAGCCUCGGUUCGUGUGCUACUGCGACGCGGAGGGAAGCGGGGACGGGGACCUCGGCGCCUUCAACCUCUAUGUGACGGACGCGGAGGCGCUGUGGAGCACCUGCUUCACGCCGGACAGCCUGGCGGCCCUCAAAGCCCGUUUUGGCCUGAGCGCGGCUGAAGACAUCACUCCCCGGUUCAGGGCAGCCUGCGAGCAGCAAGCUGUGACUCUGACCCUGCAGGAGGACAAAGCAUCCCUGACCCUUUCAGGGGGCCCCUUGGCCCUGGCCUUUGACCUGUCCAAGGUGCCUGGCCCAGAGGCAGCCCCCAGGUUGCAGGCACUGACACUGAGCCUAGCAAAGCGUGUGUGCAGCUUGGAGCGGCAGCUGACAGCUGCAGGAGAGACAGCUCCCAGCCCCAGGAAGAGCUCCCGGCCUGCAGGGCCUCAGCUCUUCUUGCCAGAUCCAGAUCCCCAGAGAGGUGGCCCUGGACCUGGGGUCAGGAGAAGGUGUCCGGGAGAGUCCCUUAUCAACCCUGGCUUUAAGAGCAAGAAACCAGCUGGCGGCGUAAACUUUGAUGAAACCUGAGGGUACAGCAAAAAGUGUGGCCCUGCUGAGACUCUGCUUGUGAGGGGAGGGGUAUCCCCCAAGCCCCCUCCCCCCCACUGGAGACCUCCACCACCCAUUCCACUUGCCUGUCCUGCUGCCAGGCAGGAAUAAGGCAGCUCCUCAAGUCCCUUUGCCACCAAAUAAAUACUCCCUCGGGGUGCAGGUGCUGACCAA